UCACUGCGUCUUUCCAUCUCCUUUCUCAUUCCAAUGCUGCUAUUCAUAAAUGCUAUCUGCGGACAAAAUAUUAUUGAAUUGUCAACUGAGAUACUCCAAUUGCAAGGUCCACGAAAUACUUCUGUUGAGAAGAGUGCAACAGCGCAACUGAAAUGUCGACUCUUAACCGCAAAACCCCCGAAAGAUAAAUCGAAAUAUCAUUACCCAUCACCCUCCUCCUCUUCUUCAUCACUUCAUUUUAUUCCCUGGAGAAUGUCAGGCAAUCAGAGGGUAAGCGUACAGUGGAUUAUUGAUGGAUUUGGAUUUACCAAUGACAGUCUCAUGGAGAGCUACGAAGGCCGCUAUGUCAUGCCAGGACCACUUAGUGAAGGUGUAUUCGACCUUUUCGUGUACAAAGUACGGAAUUUGGAUCAGACCUCCUUCAGCUGCCAAGUUACAAUUCAGACCUUUCAGUUGAUGCAGCCCCCACGCGUUAAAACUCUCACUAGUUCCACAAUUUUUAUAACUAUUUAUAGUGCUCCAGAUCGUCUUUUACUCAGGCAAAUACCCUUAACCUCGGCUUCCAAAUCCCUUCAAGACAGUUCAACUAAGCUCUCUCCCGACAGAAUUCAAUCUGACAAUCCGUCUCAGUCGGACGCUCAUGCAUUCCCUAAUUUUGACGAACAGGCCUCAUCAACACUAUCUCGACCACCAAUAUCGCACACAAUUUCACAUUCCAGUAAUUCCAUGGACGCUAACUUUAGAAAUGGUGAUAAUGAAGUGUGGGCACUGGAAGGAAGUGAAGUGUCCCUGGAGUGUGUAGCCUCACCCAGUUCUCCCGUAUCUCGAUUAAUGUGGAUUCUGUCACCGGUGGCAGAACUUGAGGCUGAACUGUCCAUGCCACCGACAUUUGAUUUUGGGAGUUUUUCCGAGAAAAGUCGAACACCGCAGUAUGAUCGCGAAUAUCCAACAUGGAGAUAUGUAUUCAACUCUAAAGCACACAAUGGAUUAGGCUACAAAAUUGUCAACAAAGAAAUCCCGGAUGUAGGAAGUGGACUAAAUAUUGGAUGCAGUAUCCUGACACUAAGAAUGGACCGUUCGCUCUCAGGGAGACGACUGGAGUGUCUGAUCCAAAAUGCAGCAGCAUUCGAAAAACCCGUCAUGCCUAAAGUGACAACAACACUUCAAGUCUUCUACAUUAAAAAUAUGAAUAUCACGAAAAAUAUUUCAAAUAACAAAAUGAUUGGCGAAGCCUAUCGGGAAAAUGAGACAGUUCGGUUUCAUUGUACAGUCGAUUCAAAUCCUAAAGAACUGCGUUACGUGUAA